UUAGUCUUGUCUGUAUAAAUUUAUGAAAUAUCUGCAUGAGCAUAUCAUUGUUUUCUUUCUUAAGCUUGAAACCGGUGUAUUCUUCUUUAAUUCUUAGAAUUCUCUCAUCAUUUCGACAUCGAUAAGAGUUUUUGCUUUUUAAUCCCCCCGCUUUGAUGAUGUUCUCUUUUAUCAGUAUCUAAUGUUUACAUAUUAAAUUAUUAUUUUUUUUUUAGUGAUGAAAACUCAUUUGUUUAUUCCCUCAUCAUCCUCUAAAAAUGUCAGGAGAGGAAAGUGAAAAGUUAAAUUUUAAAUUACCGCAAUCCAUUACAAUUAAAGGAAAAGAAAUAGUUUUUCAAAAAGCAAAAUGGUACCUUUUCUAUGCAGUUGUAGCAGUUUCAUUGGUAGCUUUGUUUUGCAUUAUUUUGUAUGUAGAAGUAUAUAUUAACAGCUUUUACGUGAGAGUAGAUUGCAAUCCUGAUAUGCCAUUGAACUAUGAAAAAUGUUUAGAUCGUGGAUGCAUAUGGGUUCAACGGACAGAAGACGCCCAACCAUUAUGUUUUUAUCCAUAUGGUUAUGGGUAUAUAUACACAGAAGUACGUCAAACAUCCAAUGGAUUCCAUGUGGCUCUUGAACGUACUACAGAGAUGAAGAUGUUUGAUGAUGAAGUUGAUUCUAUUAGCCUUCAAGUUUAUUUUGAAACAAAAAAUAGACUUCGAUUAAAGUUUGCAGAUAAAGCAAAAAAGCGAUUUGAAGUCCCUAUAGAAGUUCCACUUCCACCAGCUGAAUCUCCUGAUUAUGCUGAAUAUUCAAUAGAUUUUAUAAAUGAUCCACAGUUCGGUGUUAUUGUCAAGAGGAAUGACACAGGAACAGUGAUUUUUGACACCAAUAUUCCAGGAAUGAUUUUUUCGGAGCAUUACAUUCAGAUCUCUACAAUGCUGGCAAGUUCAAAUAUUUAUGGAUUUGGAGAACAUACCACUUCAAAAUACAAACGCGACGUGAACUGGAAGAAAUUGAGCCUCUUUGCUCGUGAUGGUGCAACAGAUACUGAGAGUAAUCUUUAUGGCGUUCAUCCUUUUUAUAUGAAUAUUGAAGAUGAUGGAAAUGCUCAUGGUGUUUUUUUACUAAACAGCAAUGCUAUGGAAAUUAUUCUUCAACCUGCACCAGCCUUAACCUUCCGAACCAUUGGUGGUAUUCUUGACUUCUAUAUAUUGAUGGGACCAUCACCAGAAGAAGUAGUGAAACAAUAUUUUGAAAUCAUAGGAUUACCUGUUAUGCCACCAUAUUGGGCUCUUGGUUUUCAACUUUCUAGAUGGGGCUACAACUCUAUUGAUGACGUGAAAACAGUUACACAGCGUAAUAUGGAUGCAAAAGUGCCCUUCGAUGUUCAAUAUUUUGACAUAGAUUACAUGAGCAGCUACAAAGAUUUCACAUAUGAUAGCAAGCAUUUUCAAGAUUUACCAGUUUUCAUUGAUGAACUUCAUGAGAAGGGCAAAAAAGUUAUCAUUCUGCUGGACCCAGUUGUGGCUAGCAAUAAAACACUUGAAUCAAAUUACCCUGCUUUGGAUGUAGGAAUGAACAGAGGAAUUUUUGUUAAAGUUAAUGAUUCUUACCUUGAAGGACAGAUGUGGCCGGGAAAAGUAUACUAUCCAGAUUUUACAAAUCCAGAUGUUAGACCUUACUGGACACAAAUGUGCACCGAAUUCAGGAAGUUUGUCAAAUUUGAUGGACUUUGGCUUGAUAAGAAUGAACCAUCAAAUUUUGUAGAUGGUUCUUUGAAUGGCUGUGGUAGAAAUUCUUUGAAUUAUCCACCUUAUGGAGUUGGGGUGCACGGUUCAAUACUCGGUGGUAAAUUGUUUGAAAAAACUAUUUGCAUGGAUGCUGUUCAUAGUGUUGGGAAGCACUAUGAUAUACAUAAUUUAUAUGGCUAUUUCCAAUCUAAUGUAACUUACAGAACACUUGCAAUUAUUAUUCCUGGAAAUCGACCCAUGGUUCUGAGCAGAUCAACUUUUCCAGGGUCUGGACGAUUUGUAUCCCAUAGUUUAGGAGAAAAUUUAAGUACUUGGGAUCAUCUUCGAUCUUCCAUUCCUGGAAUAUUAAAUUUUAAUCUCUUCGGAAUACCAUUUGUUGGAGCUGAUAUUUGUGGUUUUCAACUAAAUGUUACUCAAGAAUUGUGUUUGCGGUGGAUGCAACUUGGAGCUUUUUAUCCACUUAGCAGAAAUCACAACUCUCUAUAUUCAAAAGAUCAAGAUCCAGCUAGUUUUGGCAAUGAAUUCGUGAAACAAGUCAAUAAAGCUUUAUACACUCGGUAUGAGCUUCUACCAUAUUUAUACACUCUCUUCCAUUUAGCACAUACUGAAGGUUCAACUGUUGCUAGGCCGCUUUUACAUGAAUUUCCACGAGAUAAAGAGACUUGGGAUAUCAGUUAUCAAUUUUUAUGGGGACCUGCAUUGUUGAUAAGUCCAAUAGUUGCUGAGGGUGAAGCUGCUGUUGAUGUGUAUUUUCCUAAUGGAAUUUGGUAUGAUUUUUAUAAGGGUAUGAUUGUUAAAGAAGGCAAGGGUUUGCAUGAUACUUUGCUUGAUGAAGGUCGAAUAAAUCUUCAUGUAAGAGGAGGGUAUAUUCUACCAAUACAAAAACCUAAUGUGACUACCAGCUUGAGUCGAAAACAACCAAUGGGUCUGUUUGUUGCUCCAGGUGAGCAGGGAACAGCUAAAGGAUUAUUAUUCUGGGACGAUGGCACUUCUUACGAAACUCAUGAGCAUAAAACAUAUCUUCUUCUGGAAGCUAAUUACCAAAAGAGUGGCUUUAAAGCUGUAUUGAGGACUAAUUUUACACUCGGAACUUUUCCUGAAGCCCACAAUGUUUAUUUUGGUUAUAUGACAAUUUGUAAUCAACCAACAAAACCCACUAAUAUACUAUUGAAUGAUUUGCCGUUAAAUAAUGACAGAUGGACAUAUGAUAAAGAAUCUCAAGUUCUGCGCCUUCAAAAGUUAGAACAUGUCAUUACAGAGAAAGUUGAAUUAACCAUUGUAUAUAACUGAUUUCAUGUAAUUUGCUCAUACAGUAUUAAAAUUUUAGUUUUUA